CUCUUUUUACAGGUCAACCACAUGGAUGAGUGAUCACGGUCGCGAAUGCGAGAGAGCUAGGCCUAGACAAGUACUGUACUGUAAAAUAUCAACUCAAGUCAGUGUUUAUUAACUUUUCACAUAAUUCUGAGAAAAAUUAGAAAAUGUCUAAACAGAAGUUAUCACGUUUCAAGUGUGAUGUCAAGGUGAAAAAUCAAGUGACAAUAUCCAAGUUCUUUAGUCCAGUCAAAUCUACAAAUGAUGUAGACUCUGCAGAAUGCGAUACAGAUAGAACAUCACCACAACCAAACAAAAGGAAAUCGAUAGAAGUUCAUUCACCUUUUUCAAAAAAACAGAAGACAGUAGCAAGUGGAGAUUCUGAACAAGGUGAAGUUAGCCCUGCCCAGCUUUCAUCAUCGACCAUGAAAAAACUAAAAUCUUUCUCUUCAAGUAACAAAGACAAGCAAACUGACGGCCUACAAGUUAAAAAGAUCCGAACUACAGCAGCAAACCGGAAGUCAUUGGUCCGCAAUGACAGACCGAGUACUACUUCAACUAAUCAAAAAGCAUCGGCAGAAAGUCAAGAGAACCAGAAAAGUGUUAAGGGUGGUAAAAGUGGACGUGUGAAGAGCCAGUACACCCCCCUGGAACAGCAGUUCAUGAAGUUGAAAGCAAAGCAUGAAGAUGCCCUGCUUCUUGUCGAGUGUGGAUACAAGUACAAGUUUUUUGGUGAAGAUGCAGAGAUUGCAGCGAAGGAACUGAAUAUCUUCUGUCACCAAGAUCACAACUUCAUGGUGGCGAGCAUUCCUGUUCAUCGGCUGUUUGUCCAUGCCCGGCGCUUGGUUUCAAAGGGAUACAAGGUUGGUGUGGUGAAGCAGACUGAAACUGCUGCCUUGAAGGCUGCUGGUGACAACCGUAAUGCACCGUUUGCACGGGAACUAUCAGCCCUUUACACGAAGUCCACGCUGGUUGGAGAAGAUCUUGAGCCUGCAAGUGGCUCCUCGGAAUGCAUUGCUGCACCGCCAUCGACAUUUUUAAUGUGCAUAUAUGAAGUGGAAGAGUCCAGUAAAUCAAAAAAGUCAGACAAGGUCCAACUUGCAUUUGUGGCUGUACAGCCUUCGACCGGUGAGCUUAUUUAUGAUAACUUCUAUGAUGGUAGCGCUAGAAACGAACUAGACACAUGCUUACAACACAUCCAACCUGUUGAGCUGCUUUUACCUGUGGAACUAUCACCUGCAACAGAGCAACAAUUAAAUAGCAUUGUUCUGAAUAGCACAAAAGGUGAUGAUCGUAUUCGAGUGGAACGUAUUCAGAAUGAAAAAUAUGCAUAUGCAGAUGCGUUAAAGGUGAUCACAGAAUUUUACAAAGACGAAGGAAAAGGAGGGAGUGCUCUUCACGAUGUAUUAAAGCUUCAUGAGUCUGUGAUCUCCUGUCUAGCAGUUGUUCUAGGUUACCUCAAAGAGUUCAAGUUGGAUCGUGUUCUCUCGCUUACACGGCAAAUGAAAGAGUUCAGUAGUAGCGUGGAGUGUAUGAAAUUGAAUGCAUGUACUAUUCGAAACCUGGAAAUAUUCCAGACACAGAGUGAAAAUAGCAGAAAAGGCAGCUUAAUUUGGAUAUUGGACAAUACAUCAACCCUCUUUGGAGCUCGUCUACUAAAGAAGUGGAUAGCAAAUCCACUUACAAACAUACAAUCAAUUAAAGAAAGACAAGGGUCAAUUGUAGAAUUACUAGAUGAGGACACUCCUCUUGCUAUAGCUGUGAAGGAGAUACUCACCAAGACACCUGAUCUUGAGAAAGGCCUUUGCUCUAUCUACCACAAGAAGUGUUCCACAUCUGAGUUUUUCAAUAUUGUGAAGGCACUCAGCAAUAUAAAUCAAACUGUAUGCACCCUUACAUCCAACAAUGAAGGAAGCUUUUUUAUAAAGUCUGAACUCUUGACGACAGUUGUCACAGAGAUUCCGAAACUGCUAGAAAAUGUACAUCAGUUUUUAUGUGCACUCCAUGAAAAAUCUGCCAAAGAUGGUAACAAAACUACCUUGUUUGUGGACACCUCAAAGUUUGAAGAUGUGAAGAAAUGUGAGAAGGAAAUUGAUGAAGUUUAUAAAUUGCUGAAGAAACAUCGUAAGGAGAUUCGUGAAGAACUUGAAAAUCCCAAUGCAGACUACAUAACAGUUUCUGGUAAUGAGUUUCUGAUAGAAAUUCCAAAUAAUAAUUUGAUGACUGUUCCAAGAGAUUGGGAAAAAAUUAGCAGCACCAAAUCUGUAUCCCGGUUUCGUACACCCUUUGUAGUUGAGCAACACAAGUUGCUAUGCCAACUGAGGGAAACAUUAGAAGCAGAAUGUUCGGAAGCAUGGCUUGAGUUUCUUGAAGAAUUUGGUGAGAAUUAUUUUUCGUACCAAAAGGCAGUGCAACAUCUGGCAACCUUGGACUGUUUGUUAUCAUUGGCGAAUAUCUCAAGAAACGAUGACUAUUGCAGGCCUGAAAUAAUAGAUGAUGAAGCAUAUUUAGAGAUCAAAGGAGGAUGCCACCCAGUUGUCAGUACCUUACUAGACCAAGAUGAACAGUAUGUACCAAAUGACACAUUAAUGCAGGCUAAAGCUGAGCGCUGUAUGCUGAUCACUGGGCCCAACAUGGGUGGGAAGAGCUCGUACAUUCGGCAGGUCGCACUCAUCGCUAUUAUGGCUCAGAUCGGUUGCUAUGUUCCUGCAGAGAAAGUAAAAAUGUCUCCAAUUGAUGCAAUCUAUACAAGAAUGGGUGCUUCAGACGACAUUUGCAGCCGCCGGUCGACCUUCAUGGUUGAGCUUCAGGAGGCCUCGGAUAUCCUUCAAGAAGCCACGCCACGUUCACUUGUCAUCAUGGAUGAGCUGGGGCGUGGCACAAGUACAAAUGAUGGAGUGGCCAUAGCGUUUGCGACAGCACAACAUUUAAUUACUGCUGUGAAGAGUUUGACACUGUUUGUAACACAUUAUGCAUCGAUAUCCGAGUUGGAAACACUAUAUAGGGGAACAGCAGUCAACUAUCACAUGUCAUUCUUAAUAAGCGAUAACACACAAGAAAAGCAAUCAUCAGGGAACGAAGUGAUCACAUUCCUGUAUCAGUUGACUAAGGGGUCAGCUUGUAGAAGUUACGGAUUGAAUGUUGCCAGACUAGCAGACAUCCCGCAGAGUUUGCUCGAGAAAGCAUCAAUUAAGUCCAAAGAAAUGGAAACAGCAAUGGAUUCAAAAAGCUCAUUACUCAAGGAAUUCCAAACACUGUGGUGCACACCAGUGAAGUAGCACUAACACAAAAAGAAGAGUAGACUGCUGUCUAGGUUAUCUCACAGAUCUCAUCUUAUUGGUUGUUUUGAAGGGAGGUGUUGUGGGAUUGUCAUAUCACAGUGUUGGCUAACCAUGGUAUCCAUUUUUAUAAGAGUGUGCACACUGCGCAGAGAGUGCAAUGUGAUUUGGCAUGCCUAACAGAUCAUUUGUAAUGACAAUCUACGGAGGACGUCGUGUCAUUGAACGCUCUUGAGUGGGAAUGGAUUUGUCAAAGGUCAGUUGUAGCCUGUCGUACAACACAGUGUGUGCCCAGCUUGAAAGGUUAACAAAUGGUUUUAGGAAGCUUUAAAAUAUAUUUUUAUAUUUUAAUAGGAAAAUCCAGAAGUUACUUGUUUAAUGAAGAAAAGAAUGUAUAGUAUUUAAAUAAUAUUG